AUAUCUCUUUCUUUCCUUGCCCACCAAAAAACUGACGAGUGCGGUUUUAAGUACAGACUUGAAUUCAAUAGUUUUGUGAAACAUUUUCUGUUUAUUUCCAAUUAAUUUCUUUAAGAAACUUAAAAAAUGACUACCUUAAUUCACGAAAAGAUUUGGUUGGACAAAAACAUCUACAAUGAUGCAGAGAAAAACUAUUACGAAUCAUUGUCAAAGGUCCAAGCUCCACUCUCAGUAGCUCGCACUUCUUUGGCCAGUGAAGUUGCUAAGGCUAGACAACAUAUCAAAGAUUCUUUAGAAUGUAUGGACAGUGUAGCUACCCUGGCAGGAGUGCCUAACACAGAGCUCACCAGUAAAGUCAACACAUUAGAAAAAGAGAACAGUGAUCUAAAAAAGGCUAUCAAUGACCUGCGCAACUUGGUCAUAAGUCUGCAAGCCAGAGUAGAGACAUUGGAAUCAACAGGUGGUGGUGCCAAGACUGAGUCUUCUAAAGCUCCAGCAUCAAAUGCAGCCCCAGCAGCAACUGCAGCUCCAGCCAAGGUGCAGGACGAUGAUGAUGAUGAUGGUGUAGAUCUUUUUGGCUCUGAUGAUGAGGAAGAGAGUGCAGAAGCAGCUAGAAUAAGAGAGGAGCGUCUAGCUGCUUACAACGCCAAGAAAUCCAAAAAACCAGUACUCAUCGCAAAAUCUAACAUUAUUUUGGAUGUGAAGCCAUGGGAUGAUGAAACAGAUAUGGUAGCUAUGGAGAAGGCCGUCAGAGGAAUUGAAACUGACGGUCUAUUGUGGGGUGCUGCUAAACUUGUCCCCUUGGCUUAUGGAAUCCACAAGCUGCAGAUCUCUUGCGUUGUUGAAGAUGAUAAAGUAUCUGUGGAUUGGCUAACUGAAGAGCUUGAGAAAUUCGAAGAUUUUGUUCAAAGUGUUGACAUUGCUGCUUUCAACAAAGUUUAAACCAAGACCUAUAAACUGUUAAAAACAAAAUGAAGUUAAAGCAAUAAAUGUGCCUUUUUUCUAUUCUGA